UUCUAAUAUAUAAAGCAGUAAUAAAAAACUCAAUAAAAAAUAAUGGCAGAUAGAUCAUCUUUAGAAGAAGGGUUUCAACCUACCAAUGAAACUCAAGGCUUAUUACAUCAUCGAACUGGACCAUGGAAAGUGCAUUGUGUAAAAAUUGCAAUUAUUUUAAUCAUUUUUGCUGGAAUUAUAUUUGUGUUCGUUGGCAUUGCUAGUAUUUUUGAGUCAAAUGAUCCCACAAAUCCCCAUCUUGUAAUUGUACGUAAUGGAGCGGUAUCAGCAGAGCAGGAGGAUUGUUCUAAAAUUGGUGUACAAAUGCUCAAAGAAGGCGGUUCAGCAGUUGAUGCUGCUAUAGCGGCUGAAAUAUGUGUUGGUACAAUAAACGCAUUUUCAGCUGGUAUUGGAGGAGGAGGAUUUAUGAUAAUUCGUGAUUCUAAUGGGACAGCCGAAGUUAUUGAUUUUCGAGAAACUGCUCCCGCUGCUGCAAAUAAAACUAUGUUUAAAGAUAAACCAAUACUUGCUAAAUAUGGUGGACUUUCUGUUGGUAUUCCUGGAGAGGUUCGUGGAAUAGAAAUCGCGCAUCAAAAAUAUGGAAAAUUACCUUGGAAACGUCUUUUUGAACCAUCAAUCAAAUUAAGUCGUGAUGGGUUUAAAGUACCAGCAGAGUUAGCUAUAAAAAUGAAAUGGUACGAAAAAGCUCUUUUAGAAACUCCAAAUUUAGCCUCUAUUUAUGCACCGAAUGGAAAAUUGUUGGGUGAAGGAGAUCUUUUGAAACGCACAAACUUUUCUAAAACUUUGGAAUUAAUAGCUGAAAAUGGGUCUGAAGUUUUUUAUAGAGGAUCAAUCGCUAAAUCCAUCAUAAAAACUAUUCAAGCUACUGGUGGGAUUAUGACCCUUGAAGAUUUAUCAAAUUUUGAACCGGUUGUAUCAAAACCUAUUUAUGGAUAUUAUCAUGGACGAAAGAUUAUGACCUUAAAUGUUCCUUCUGGUGGACCUGUUUUGUUGAGUAUGUUAAAUAUAUUGGAAGGAUUUCAAUUGACUAGGGGAGAGCUCAAUGGAUUAAAUUUACACAGAAUAAUUGAGACUCUUAAGUUUGGGUUUGCUUUGCGUACUGAAAUGGGAGAUCCACCCUUUACUAAUAAUACAGAACGUAUUGAAGAAAUAAUGACUAAGGAUUAUGCGGCUAAAAUACGAAAGAAUAUAUCAGAUUCAAUUACAUUCGAACCAUCAUAUUAUAACCCAUUGUAUGAUGUGUCUGAAGAUCACGGAACUACUCAUAUUUCAACUGUUGAUAAAAAUAAUCAAGCGGUAGCUUUGUCUUCAACGGUUAAUUUGAUUUGGGGAUCACAAGUUAUGGAUUUAGAAACUGGUAUUUUACUUAAUGAUGAAAUGGAUGAUUUUUCCAUACCUGGUGUUCCAAACUACUUUGGUUUAUACCCUUCUCCGUAUAAUUUCAUUAUUCCUAGGAAAAAGCCUUUAUCUUCUUGCGCACCAGCAAUAGUUGAAAAUAAUGGGGAGUUUGAGAUGGCUAUAGGUGGUAGUGGUGGUUCUAGAAUUCUUUCUUCAGUUCUUCAGGUAUUGUUAAACGUAUACGAUUUUGAACAAGAUCUUUUAACUUCAAUACAUACACCGAGAGUACAUCAUCAAUUGAUUCCAAAUGAGAUCACAGCCGAAACAGGAUAUUCAAAAGAAUUACUUGAUGAACUUAAGGGAAAAAAUCAUAGUAUAAAAAUUAUUGAAUAUAAAUUAGGAGUGUCGGAGAUUCAAGCUGUAAUGAGAUUACCAAAUGGACUGAUUAAUGCUGCAAGUGAUUAUAGAAAACAUGGAAUUGCAGCAGGAUAUUAGUUAAAUUUAUUUAUUAAAAAUUAUUUAUUUGUUAUUAUUUAUUUUUAUACAAUAUCUUUUUUAAUUAAUUAACUACCCUGUAUUUAAAUGAAUUUGUAUAUGGUAAAUACAUGAUCUAAAUUUAAUAUAUUGAUGGCUUAGUAAUUUGAUUAAAU